GCGAUUUUAAGCCCAAGGUCGCUUGUAAAAGCAAAGGUUUUCAAUAAACCCUCAACCAAACCCAGUCCCCAAAAGAAACAAAAAAGAAGGGAAAGAAAAUGGCGAACAACAUUCCAGGUGUGGACGCGGUGGAUUUCGAAGCAGAUGAUGAUGAUCUAAUGGAAGAAGAUGACAUGGACAGCACGUCAGCUCAUAUUCCAAAACUCAAAUCCGCCAUAACCGGUGGUGGGCCCGUCAAGAAAACAAAAGGCCGUGGCUUUCGUGAAGAAACAACAACAACAGAUGAUCGUUUGUCUGGUCGCUUUGAUUCCCUUCAUUCCGACGGCGGUCCUGGUCCUGAACGAUCAAUUGAAGGUUGGAUUAUUCUGGUUACUGGAAUACAUGAAGAAGCCCAGGAGGAUGACUUGCAAAAUGCAUUUGGAGAGUUUGGGGAGAUCAAAAAUUUGCAUCUGAAUCUUGAUCGUCGAACUGGUUUUGUCAAGGGCUAUGCACUGAUUGAAUAUGAAAGCUUUGAGGAAGCAGAGAAAGCUAUAGCCACAAUGGAUGGAGGUGAACUGCUGACUCAGAUAGUAAAUGUGGACUGGGCAUUUAGCAAAGGCCCUUUCAAAAGGAGAAAUAACAGGAGGAGAUCACCUCAUGGACGUCGGUCAAGAAGCCCAAGGAGAAGAUUUUGAUUUGGUGCAUCUCCUGAAGCAAUGUCGUUCGAAUUUGACUAUGAUUUGGUUGAAGGGAGUAAGUUUAACUUGUCUAAUUGCAUCUUCAGUCUCAUGUGGCCUGCUGCACUAUGAAUGUUACUACUCAAGGCAUUUAUCUGUGUACUUGAAGGUUUUACUUAUGGGUGUGAAGUAAUGCGUCUUUCUGUACUAUGUAAUCGAGUUUAUGAUUAAAAAAUUUGCAACAUAAGAUUAUGUGAGAGAUUCAAUGAGUUGGUUGUGUUAUUUGUUACUA